CAAUGGUUAGUUUUUUGUAGUCUUGGGUAGUCCAAGCUGCCCAAGAUAUCUUUGUAUAUCUAUGUUCUAUUUUCCUUGGGCUGCUGAAUUUUUUCAGGAUUCUUACAUUUGAUAACUUUGGUAAGCUUACUACCAUUUUUUGCGCAGACUACUAUGGUAGGGAUAUGAAUAAGAGUCUAUUCUGUUUAAGGAUGCCAUAUGUGGGUUAUUUUAUAAAUUGAAAUUUUAAUAUGGUACAAAAAAAACGAUGCUUUCGUCAUUUUUCAUUGCUGGCAGACAUAUAUGGCAAGAAAUGAGAAUGACCAAUCAGGAGAGUAGACGUGGCCGGUUUUGAGCGUCAGCAAAGGCAUCACGGCCCUAUAAAUAACUGUGUUUCUCCCCUAAAUUUCUCAGUCCAUUAUCAAGAAUAGCUUUUCUGUUUCCAUUUAGUUGUUUAUCUAUGGCAGGAACAUCGGGUGCAGGUCGCAGAAGGAUGCAAAUCAGGAGGAUUCCACGCUCUGCUGAUGCUCCGGAGGUUGCAUUCUCCAAACGUUGUUCUGAACUCUUCAAGGAGGCUAGUGAGCUCUCUACCUUAUGUGCUGUUGAGACUGCGCUUGUUAUCUUCUCUCCAGAGGGUAAGGCCUUCUCUUUUGGGCAUCCUUCUGUUGACACAGUUCUGAACAGACUUGUGAACUCUGGGAAGCCUGAUUCUGAUUCAAGUCAGCAUGCCCAAGAUGAUGAUGAGGCUACUCUAGAGGAGCUUACCAAGAAAUGCUCCGCUCUGCUGGAAGAAUUGGAAGCUGCACAAAAACGGAAUGACAAGCUCAAGGAGAUGCUGGAGGAGGACCAGAGAAGGAUGAAUUUGUUGACUAGACCACUUGAUGAGCUCAGCAUUGAGGAGCUGACGAUGGUGACAUCAAUAGCAGACGAGCUGCUUGAGAAAGUGGGGCGUAAGAAGGAACUGUUGGUUGGCUCUGCUGCUCCAGCAGCAGUCUCUGGUGGGGAAAGUGAUGCUUCUAUUGGUGAUCCAAAAGGGGAGACUUCUUCUGCUGAUGCUCCUGGCCAUAACAAUGGCCAGGAUGAGUGAUCCCUUCCCGGAUCAGUCACUGGGGAGGGGUUUUACCUAUGUGCCUUCCGCCCAAGGUUGUCUAGAUUUGUGCUGUGGGAACUGGUCUUUCCUCUCCCUUGUUGACUGCCCAUCUCCAGAACGGGGAUGUGGAAUAAAUAAAAAUCAAUAAUAAUAAAGAAUAAAUAAAUCUUUGAUCUUUCAUGCUUGUGCCAUUGCAGUCUUAUACUUUUGAUGAAUGCUUGAUGAUGCAAUUUCUUUUCUGUUUCAUGCUUUCAUUCUGAAAAUACCAAUCUUGCAGACAUGGUCUUGGCAGUAGUAUUGUUGUUGUGUAUGCCAAGAGAGUGCUUGCAUAGCAUCAAUCCAAUAAACAUUUUUAAUAAGU